GCUAACGAAGCAGUACUUCCCCUUACGAAUACCACACUCUUAAAAAGAACACUAAAAAUGAUUCCUUUAAACAUAAUAGGCCUGUACUGCCGCAUUAUUCAUGAUCUUAACCUCAGGAGGGUUGCUGGUGCCAGUCAUUUUCUUCGAUGCGUUUUCUUUGCACUUGCUAAUUCCGCAGUAACAACCUUUUUUCACCACAGCUCCAUCUGCCGGAUUUGGUGAGUCUUUGCACCACUUAUUUUUUGUAUUUGAGACGUUUAUGUAUUUGCGUGUGUGUGUGUGUGUGUGUGUGUGUACUCGAUGAACCUUGAGAGGCGUUGUAGGCCUUGGGUUUAAGUGAGGUCAUCAUGCCGACAUGCUUGUUGCUGCUGCCGGCACUCCCAGACUUAAGUAGUUGGAAUUGUGGGAAAAGAUGAAACGAGAGACGGCACUUCAUGAGCUGCAGCGUGUGCGUGCGUGCAAACGUACGCUUUUGUGUGGGUCUAUCUUGAUAUAGAUCCCUCCUCUCUCCCUCACUCCCCUCUCUCCAUUCUCCGCGGUCCUCCGGCCGGCCACACAGCGGGGCUCUCGGCUCUGGAGCAGUCUGCUGCCUUAUCUCAUCAUCCGCGGAUCCCCACUUCGGUGCUGCCGACAUGCUGCCAGCUGCCUGCCCUCCAUUCUCCCAUGACGGCGGGCGGGCUGUAUGAUCCUCCGCCGUGGUAACAGAUGCGCUGGCCGACUGAUGUUCCUAGUGGGGCGCUGAAAUCCCCCCCACCCCUCCCUCCGGUUCAGAGUAUAGGCAUCAGGCCAAGUCAUCAAUCAUGGCCAGACAAGACACCUCGCACUUCCACCACGGCUUCGACCUCAGCGCCCACUUUGUCGACAUCAGGCCCCUCGGCGCCGGUGGUACCGGGCUGGUUCUGUCGGCCGUGGACCAGCGCACCGGACGUCGCGUGGCCAUCAAGAAGUUGGCCAUGCGUGACGCCGUCACGGUGAAGCACGCGCUAAGGGAGGUGAAGAUCACCCGCCGGCUGCAUCACGAAAAUGUGGUCCGGGUACAUGAGGUCCUGGCACCCCAUGGACGACCGCCUGUAAGGGACCCAGCCCAGCUUGGCGCCCUAUACGUCAUCCAGGAGUGCAUGGAGACAGAUUUGGCUCGGCUGCUGGAGCAAGGAGCGCUGUCGACAGGUCACGCCACACUGCUCUUCUACCAGCUGCUGCGGGGCCUCAAGUUCAUCCACUCAUCCAACGUGCUGCACAGAGACCUGAAGCCUGCCAACAUCUUCAUCAACACUGACCAACUGCUGCUCAAAAUCGGAGACUUUGGCCUGGCCCGGAUAGUUGACCCCCACUAUUCUCAUAAGGGCUACCUGUCCGAGGGUCUGGUCACCAAGUGGUAUUGUUCUCCUCGUCUGCUGCUGUCCCCGAACAACUACACAAAGGCGAUAGACAUGUGGGCUGCGGGCUGUAUCCUGGCUGAGAUGCUCACUGGACGCAUGCUCUUUGCAGGAGCUCAUGCACUGGAACAGAUGCAGCUGAUUCUUGACACCGUGCCGGUAAUCAGAGACGAGGACAGACAGGACCUGCUGCAGGUGAUGCCUUCAUGUAUUAAUCAUGGCUGGAAAGUCAGGAAGCCGUUUUCCGUGCUGCUGCCUGAAGUGAAUGCAGAAGCUGUGGACUUCCUGGAGCAAAUCCUAACCUUCAACCCCAUGGACCGACUGACGGCCGAGGCGGCGCUCUCCCACCCCUUCCUGCGCCAGUACUCGUGUCCCGAAGAUGAGCCCACCUCGGUGCAGCCCUUCCGCAUUGAAGACGAACUGGAAGACAGCCUGGUCACGGGACACAGUCUCAGCAAUAGUCUGAGCCAGGCCUCCAGUAACCAAUGGGACAGCUUGUCAAACGAUAUGUGCUGGCCGCAGUUUGGUAGGAGCUGUGGAUGCAUGCCUUCCGGUCACAUGACUUCAGAUAUGGAAGACACGACGGAAGAAGAGGAGGUGCAGAGGGACCCCCGAGCCAGCUGCACCUCACUUCUCGAGGAGGCCCAGGUGGACCCGCGUAAAUAUUCCCACAGCAGCUCCGCCGAACGCUUCCUGGAGCACUCCCACUCCUCUCUAGACCGGGCCUGCGGUUUCGGGUUCGGCGACCUCGACUGCGGCCGCUCGUGCGACUACAAGGUGGGCUCGCCGUCCUAUCUGGACCGGAUUGCGUGGCGGGAUGGCAAACCUCAGCACUACUCGGAACCCCGCCUCAUUCUGGAUCUGUCUCACUGGAAGCGUAACACAAGCACGCCUCCGGUGCCCAUCCAGCCACUUGGGGGAAGCUUGGAGGACGAGAGGGAGAUGAACGUGGAUGACGAGGUUGCAGGAACGGGAACUGGGACAGGAGAUUUAUUCCAGGAGAUCUCCCGCUGGGUGGAGAGCACCCAGUCCCAUCUGGACUCCCCCAGUCCAACUCCAUCUCUGGAGCCGCACCCCUGCUUCACCUCCUCCCCGCCUCUCCCGCUGUCCCCUACGGACCUCCCGACUCCCGUCUUCCACUACCCGGACGUGGAGCCGCAUCACUUAACCGACGAGGACAGAAUCAGCCCCUUUCCGCCCAUCACCCCUCCAUCUCUUUGCUCCCUCAUUCCAUCCACUCCCGUCUCUCCUCUUCUUCCUCCCCCACAUCUCUCCACUACCAGCGCCUCAAAAUCAUCGGACGUCCACUGCGACGAGUUGCUUCCCAUCAAGCAGAAAGAACGCCUCUUCGACUUGGAUGCCUUCAUCUCCCGAGCAUUGAGGCUGUGUCGACAGAAUAAGGAAAAAAGUGAUGGGAAAGGGCGGCGGGAGGAGAGCAAACAAGUGAACAUCAAUUGCAGAUUGUCCAGACCUCCCGAGCACAGGACACCGCCACCCCCGCGGACUUAAAACCACUCCAGGAUUUUACACCGCAAAAGUUUUUUUUAAAUCUUACUUUUAACUCUCUUUUCUAGUAUUACAAUGUUCCUGCGCACGUCACCACAAAGCUCCCGCUAAAUUGUGUUUUUUAUGAAAUUGUCAUGGCCUGAAGUAUACAGUGGUACUUUGACUUACCAGUUGGCUCUCGAGGAACCAGAAUUCCCUACGCCUGCUUGAUAUGGAAAGGCAUAGCUCAGCUCAAGGUGUUGCUUAAGGGAACUCGACAGAAAUGUAUUUGACAUGUUUUUGAUUGGGGGCAGCAUGGUGAUUAGUCCUCAGCAGCACGUCUGCCUUACGAUCUCAGCUUCUGGGUUUGAAUCUUGGCUCUGGCCCAUCUGUGUGGAGUUAGUUUGACCUCUUUAGUUCUAUCUUGUAUUCGCCACAGUAACAUUUCAGUUAAUUAGGCAACGUUGUGGAAUGGUGCUUAGCAUGUCUGCCUCACAGCUGAGAGAUUUGGGGGUUUGACUCUUGCAUCGUCACCCUAAUAUGCGGGAACUUAAAACACCCGACAACCACACAAAAUAACUUCUGUUUUGUUCAUGUUUUCAUAUUUUAUGUCUUCCACACACAGGAAGGUCCUCUGAAUGUAUUCAACGAGGAAUACCGUAGGACUAGAAAAAUGACGCUCAGUUGUAUAAAAUGUCCAACUCCUCACAUGUUCAUUAUUUAUGGGACAUUUUUGGGUGCUGUGUGGUCUUUACAGAUUUUCAGACUGGUUUGACUUGAUUUUGGUUUUGAUGUGCAAUGCAUUUUUUGAAUGCAAAUAUUUAUCUAUUUUGCAAUAGAGAGCACAAAAUAAACUUUAACGUUAACCCCCCCCGCCCCCAAAGUCUAAUACAAGCAUCAUUGUAGUAUGAACCAAAUUUAUGGGUUGCCUACGCUUGCAAUUGUAAAAGACAGUAUGUUCCGAUAAGGUUAUUAAUCACAUGUGCCUAACCCCGCAAAAUGAGCUGCAUUCAAUGUCGCUUUAGCUUUUUUACAAGGAUGCAAUAAGGCUAUUAUUAUAAAAUGGGUCCACAGAACACACACAUUCAAUGGAAAAUGGGAUAAAGAGGGAACAUUUGCAAAGCAAAACAAAAACAAACUCAACUUCUAUUCACAGUAGCACAUUUAGGAAUGUUUUUCUUCUACUGUCUGUUGCAGCGGUGUUUCAUAUACAGUAAGGUGAUGCAAAACCAACUAAUUUCAAUGAUAAUUCCAAUUCAAUAAGCACAUUUCUUUCUUUUUUUCAGUACACUUUCCACGAAACCAGCAAUAACUUUUCUCACGCAAAUUAAACACGGUUACUGAGCUAAUUUUCUAUUGAAUGAAUGUACAUGCCUCUGUACACCUCAAUGCUUCCCAGCUUACUGAAUGUAAAAACACCCUCCAAAUCGGAAUCUGCAUGCUUUGCGAGUAAUGUAAAUAUAGCCACAUACUUAACGUGUCUUUCCCCGCAGGCUUUUUCUACUCCAUUUUGGUAACGAGAGCGGUUUGAAUGUUAAGUAAUGAUUGUUUUUUUCACCUUUUGGGGGGGAACAUAAUAAAAUAAAUCCAAAAUGGUU